AUGUCUGAGACCUCAGAUCCCAAUCGAUACACUGUUGGCUGGAUUUGCGCAAUUGAAACAGAAUACACUGCGGCCGAACUCUUCCUCGAUGAAACGCACCCUCGGCCGCUUGUAACAUCCCGUAACGAUACAAACCACUACACCUGCGGGAAUAUCGCGGGACACAAUGUUGUCAUCGCAGUGCUUCCCGACGGGGAGUACGGCCUGGGGUCUGCUGCAAGCGUGGUCACGAACAUGCUUCACAGCUUCCCCAACGUCCGCAUUGGGUUGAUGGUCGGGAUUGGUGGAGGUGCACCGACUUCGAAAAACGACAUCCGUCUUGGAGACGUCGUCGUGAGCUCACCCCAGGAUGGUCAUGGUGGUGUCUACCAAUACGACUUUGGUAAAGCCAUACAAGGUGUCGGUUUCGUGCAGACUGGAUGCCUCGACCAGCCUUCCACUAUCGUGCGCUCUGGUCUCUCUGGCCUCAGGAGAAAGUACAGACGCAAAGGACAUCGGCUCAAGGAAACGAUCGAGUCAAUCUUGAAUAAUGAGCCGAUGCUAAAGAGCGACGGCUUUUCAAGGCCCGCUCCCGAGACAGAUUGUCUCUAUGCGUCCAACCUCGUUCACCCUCAGCACAAAAUGAGUCAAUGCGUAGAUGUCUGUGCAAAGCUGCCUCUCAGUAUCGUCCCUCGAAGAGUAAGAGCUGAGCACGUCAAAGAUCCCAUGAUUCACUACGGUCUCAUUGCUUCCGGCAAUCGACUGAUGCAAAAUGCCGAGGUUCGAGAUAGGCUUGCAAAUGAGAAGGAUAUUCUGUGCUUCGAAAUGGAGGCAGCUGGAAUAAUGAAUCGCUUUCCCUGUAUGGUCAUCCGCGGGAUCUGUGAUUAUAGCGAUAGCCAUAAGAACAAGGUAUGGCAAGGCUACGCGGCAUUGACAGCGGCCGCUUAUGCCAAAGACUUGCUCUACGAGAUACUGCCGCAGAGAGUCGAGGUAGAGGAAAAGCUCGCGGUCAUUGAACAACUUUCGUGCGAUUUUCGCAGCAUGGCUGCAUCGAUCGACGACAUGAAAGCUUAUGACCGAUCAAUGGGAGUCAUGGCAUGGCUCGAUGCACCCGAUCCCUCGAUAAACCACAGGAGCGCACUUGAUAAGCACCAUAUGGGCACGGGUCAAUGGCUCCUUGAGAGUGAUAAGUUUCUGCAGUGGAAACAAGCCUCAACAUCCUUCCUCUGGCUUCACGGUCUCUCGGGUUGCGGAAAGACGGUUCUUAGCUCGACUAUCAUCGAACAUAUGAUGAACGAAAACCCCUAUAGAACAUUGUACUUCUAUUUCGACUUUAGCCACCAGAAAAAACAGCGACUCGAGGAUAUGAUACGGUCUCUGCUGGACCAAUUUUACCACAAAUCUCAAGAAGCAGAGAAAAUGAUCAACCUGCUCUAUGAAUCAAACAACAAAGGAAGGCAACAACCGGCGGUCACUCAAAUGACAGACACUUUGAAGUCCCUUACAAGGCAACCAGGAUGCGUCACGGUAAUAAUUGACGCACUCGACGAGUCGAAUUCGUCAAGUGACAUAGUGCGGUGGUGCAGAGAUAUUUUCGAAUCUGGAUAUCCGAAGGUGCGAUUACUGGUCACGUCCCGCACUGAAGUAGUGGAUUGGCCAGACAAAAAGCAGGUUUUCUCAGUUCGAUCGAGUGAAAUCAGCGCGGACAUUAGCUCCUACGUGCAAUGGAGAAUCCAAGGUGACGAUUUCAAACAUUGGAAUGAUCAGUCCACACUGCGUGACGAUAUUGGAGAAGCAUUGGCACAAAAGGCUGAUGGCAUGUUCCGAUGGGCCGCGCUUCAAUUAGACGCUCUAAAACAAUGUCACUGCAGGUCUGCCAUCAACAAAACCCUCGCAAACCUCCCCAGAACCUUGAAUGCAACAUAUACCCGCAUGUUGAGUUUGAUACAUGACGGACCACAUCUUGAGCAGGUGAUCGUCAUCCUACAGAUGCUUUUCUGGUCCGGAGGGAUACUGCCCCUUGAAGCCUGCAAUGAUGCCAUCGCUGUCUGUCCGGGGAAGUCCUAUGAGUUCAAUAUCAACGACAGGUUCUUCGAUCCAUCUAAACUUGUCGAAAUUUGCUUAGGAUUGGUGACAAUUGCAACUCACGAUGGCUACUACCGAGAGUAUCUGGUUCUUUCUCAUGCUUCUGUCCAGGACUAUCUAUCGUCAGUUGACCUUUUCAGGCCUUGCCAACAACACUUGUGUGAAGAAGUUGCCAGACUGUCGAUUUUACGUAUAUGUCUGGCUUAUCUCAAUUGCGUGGAUUGGAGCAUAUUCGAAAAUGCCCAGUCAGGCGAUAAAGGGUGCUUCGAUGGAUACGAUCACAGGUAUUCAGCCCUUGCUGUCAGACCCAAAGAACUUAUUGCGAGAUUUCCGUUCGCGUUAUGGGCUCAAAAGUUUUGGAUCGAGCAUGCGAAGGCUCUGGAAGGCACAAACGAAGAUGCGCGAUCACUUGUACUCGUCUUCCUGCGAAACCCCGUGACUAGACGCAGACCCGCCAUCCUGUUCAAUAUCUUAAGUUUCGAUGGUGUUGACUCCGAUCAGCAAUACCCCUUAUAUCUAGCUGCUGGUGCAGGGCUCUCGAUAGCUUGCAGACAGCUGAUCGAGCUCGAUUACACACCCAGCGAUUCAAACCCUUUGAAUGACACCUCCGCAGCGACUUACGACACCAAAGGUCAUGAUUUGAAGUUACACCUCGGGCCGUGCUUGCUUGUGGCGUCGUUUGGAGGUCAUGUUGAAGUUGUCCAGGAGUUGCUCCGCCACGGAGCUGAUCCGAACUUCACAGCGGCUUUGGAAUUUGAGGAGCAAGGUGCACAGAGGGGAACUGCGCUCUGUUUUGCCGCGGCAAAUGGCCAUAAUGAUAUUGUCCAGCUGUUGAUAAACAAUGGUGCCUCAGUCGAUCAUUCGUGUAUCGUCUCACCCCAACGGACAGCAUUGUAA